UACUCAUGGAGGAGAUGAUGUUUUUCUAGCCGGGACCUCAAAGGGGAGGAGACUGAAAAGCAGAAGGCUCUUCAGAGUUGAUGCGUCGUGCGUGUGCGCCCGCACCCGUCCCAUGGUCGCGUGCCACAAACGCAAGUUGUUCUCCUUGACCUCCUGCGCACCGCCAGUUCGCCGAUAUCAAGAAAUUCCAAAUUUACUCUCUUCUCCACUUGUAGCUCUUGUGAUUCUGUUUGUUUGUGCUCUGAACCUGACUGCAGCUACAGGUCGAGACUUCGGCCUACUGUGCCUGUUUCCUCUGGCAAUACUACAAGCCAUCAUUUUCAGAAGAUUGUUGGCAGAGAAGAAUGGGUUCAGAGACCUUUAAUCAUCAAAUCUAAACUGUCCUGUUCACCAAACUAUGGGAGAAACAGCUCCACGCCAAGGCACAACAGCAGGAAAUGCAAGCAGCAUGCGCGACAGCGUAAUAAAAGGGAAGUUUUGGGUCUGUCACCAAUCAGGUCGCCAGGAUCUGCCUGGAGUCAGCGCAGGCGGUCCAAUCAGAGGAAAAGGAAGCG